AUGAAGCCUAUCGCUUUGGUUGGUGGCGCGCCGGUGGUGGUGGCGAAGAAGGAGGAGGUGACGGGCUCGUCUGGGACCAAGUUCACGUUGAAGGACUUGAUGGGGAUGGGUGGAGAAGGGGGCAAUAUGAAGCGGAGGGGAUCCGAGAAGGGGUCAGUCAAGGGCUCCUCGACCAAAGGCGGAAGCGAGCACGGCGGCGACAACAACUCGACGGCGUCCCUGCUGAAAAAGUACGGUGUCUGCGACAAGGCCGCUAUCGGAAAAGGCGCCACCGCAGUCGUCCGUCUCGCCCACAAGUGGGAUCGCCGCGAGGAGAAGCUGUACGCCGUCAAGGAGUUCCGGAAGAGGCGGAAGAAUGAGACGGAGAAGGACUACGUCAAGAAGUUGACGUCGGAAUUCUGUAUCUCGAGUACGCUUCACCACCCGAAUAUCGUCGAGACGGUCGACCUGGUCCAGGACGAGCAGCACCAUUGGUGCGAGGUCAUGGAGUAUUGUCCGGGUGGGGAUUUGUACGCGGCGAUCAAGAAGGGCGGGAUGAGCUCUGGCGAGGUCGAGUGCUCUUUCAAGCAGAUCUUGCUGGGUAUAUCAUACCUUCACAACAUGGGUGUCGCGCACAGAGAUAUCAAGCCGGAGAACCUGCUUCUUGACGGGCGUGGUCAUGUCAAGAUCACCGACUUUGGUGUCUCGGACGUCUUCCGCAUGUGCUGGGAGAAGAAGACCCAUCUUUCAAAGGGUUUAUGCGGGUCAGAACCGUACAUUGCACCAGAGCUGUUCGACCAGAAAGAAUACGAUGCCCGCCUCGUCGACGUCUGGGCCGCCGCUAUCGUCUUCUACUGCAUGCAAUUCCAGGAAUUGCCAUGGCGAGUCGCCAAGCACUCGGACACGACCUUUGCCGCCUACAUCGCCGCGUACUCCCCAAACCCCAACACUAUCGGUGGCGCCGCAGCUGCCGCGUCUGGUGCACCCCAUCCUACACCGCCUCCGCUCAACAACCUCGUCCCCCGAGAAUGCCGGUCGGUCAUCAAGCACAUGCUGGAUCCCGACCCAAAGACCCGAUGGGGAAUCGAGGAGGUGUUGAAGGACAAGUGGCUCGCGGGCGUCCAGGUGUGCAAGGAGGGAGAGGUGAACGAUCACACGCACGUCGCGGCGGGAUUGGAGGUCGUCAAGCUAUAG